CAUAUAUAUUCACAUUACAAUCUAAACACAAAGACAGCCGAAUCUCGCACUCUCUGGUAGCCAGUAGCCUGCCAACUUAGAAAAUCCCAACAAGGAGAAAAGAUGAUGUCAGGAGGAAACGCUGCGCCGCCGGAGCAGGAAUAUCCCGGCGGCCUGAAGACCGACCUCACCUUGGCCCUGCCCGGCGGCGCGGAGACACCUAAACCCCCGGCGAAGCGCGGGUUCUCCGACACGGCGGACUUGAAACUAGGGUGCAGUUGUGAAGAUGAAGCUAGUGCUGUAACUCAACCUCCUCCCCCCAAGGCUCAAGUUGUGGGUUGGCCACCGGUGAGAUCAUACAGGAAGAACAUGAUGAUGAAAAUUGGGAAAUUUGUGAAGGUUGCUGUGGAUGGGGCACCCUAUCUAAGAAAAGUUGAUCUUGAACUAUACACUAGCUAUCAAGAAUUGUUGGCUGCAUUGGAGGCCAUGUUUGCAUGCCUAACUAUAUGUAAUGUUGUGAAUGAGAGGAAGAUCAUGGACGAUGUUUGUUGAGUCGUGUAAGAGGUUGAGGUUGAUGAAGAGCUCUGAGGCCGUCGGAUUAGCCCCAAAGAGCACAUCUUCAAAGGGCUCGAGCACCAAGUAGAUAAACAUGCGACUCAUGCCAAAUCCUUUGCUGAGCUUAGUUUGCUUGUACAUAGAGGCAUUGCUUGAUGUACCUUCAUUAUAUAUAAAUUGAUAUUAGACCACC